CACACAUGAUCUGUAUAUUAACAAAAAUAUAAAUAUGUAAAUUUAAAGAAUCACAGUCCAAAUAAAACAGUAUUUCCGCCCUGCGCAUCGAAAAACAAAAAUCCGCAUUCCGGUUCCGCUAUGUACGAAUUGUUUACAGUGCGAAAAGAGCCAGUGAACAAGAAUUUCCAACAUAUAUAGCCUACUUGAGAUUUGUCGGCUGAAACUGUUUAUUACAAAACAAUCAGCAUGCCUCCAAAGAGAAAAUGCUCAUGCAGGGAUCACGAUGAAUUAAGUACUUCGGAUUCUCCAGUGUCUUCCAUUGUGUCAAGCAAAAAGUUAAAAAAAACUGCUUUAAACUAUUUAAAAGAUAAUAAUUUAUUACAAUCAUAUCAUAAAUACUUGUGUGAAGGUUGCUAUAUGUUUGCAUUAAACCAUGCCACCACAGCAAAGUAUGUUUUUAACGAAUUUUGCUCAUUAAUUGAAAAUAAUGAUAUAGAACAGGAUGAUUUUAUUUUGUUGUCAAGAAGUUAUGCCAAGCUUAUUAAAAUAAGACUACGAGGAAUUAAGAGUGACUAUGUGUCAAAAUAUAUAGAGGGGCUGUUAUUUGAAAAUUUAUGGAGUGAUAUGGAUGUUGCUGUUAGGGAGUUCUUUCUAGAGUUUUGCGAAGAAGCAGCAAGUAAAAAUAAUUGUGCAAUUAAUGCUUAUGAAAAUCUUGUACAAUUGGCAAGUCCUUCCUACAUAGGGCCUUUAAAUUUUGCAAAAACAGUCAUAUCUUAUUUUGUAACAGGAAGCAGACAAUUAGUUGAGCUUAAUGCAGCGUUUUCACCUUCAGGCUCCUAUGUCACUGUGUUAGAAUUCCUCAAAUCCAAAGCUGUAAAUGAGCAAAAAGUACCAGAAUUGAAAGACUGUAUUUAUUUCUUUGAUAAUAAUCAAAUAAUGGCAAGAAACUGGAAUGUCAAAUAUGACUUAAAGCCACUGAUAAGUGUUGUAACAACAAAUGCAUGUCUGAUACCACCAUGUGAAACUGAGUUACAAAAAAAUGAAUCGUUCAUCCCAGCUUCAUGGCAUUAUCUUCAGUCUAUAAAUGGCGGUGAAAAUAUUAUCACAGAAAACAACAACUUAUUUAGAGGUCAGCGUAAUGAAUAUAUAAACCAUGUUAUUUCUGAAAUAAUGAAAACAAAUGAUGGACCUCCCCCACAGAAAUUGCGCAAAAUAACGGUUGAACCAGUUACCGGUCGAAGCACAUCUGAGUUGCGAGCCAUGAAAGAUCCCUAUGAUGACAUACCUUCUAACGUUUCUGGAAAAACCAACGUAUUAGUACUGAAACCUAUUCCAGUAAAUCCAUGUUCGUUUAAUUCCCUAGAAAUAGUUUUAGACACUAUCGUUGAGAAAAGCAACAAAACCUGGCUAGCUAUUGGUUGCGAUGGUCUACCAUUCUAUUUAUGUUCUAAAGUUAUUGACAAUAUAUUCAUAUGCCCGCACUGUGGAAUAAAAUUUACAAAGACAUUAGCAUUUGAAAAUCAUAUAGAAAAUGAAAAUAUAAACGUGGAUUUAGAAUUGUGCAAAAAAAUAAAACCAUUCUACUGCUUCCUGGGUUUGGACACUUAG